UAGACGCAGUUAAUUGGUCUCCAACAAUGAUAGGCUUGUUCGCAGGAUUUGCGGCAGUAUUUUUGGUGUUCAGAACCACUGCUCCUUUUGUUAUUAAGAUGAGUGGAGCAACUCUGUUCAACCUCUCGCUCUUAACAACUGAUGUUUGGGCGGUUGCAGUUCGAAUUUUCUUCUAUCAUCAGCAGGUAAAUUGGAUCUACUAUAUAGCAUUUUCUAUUGUAGCUAUUGGUUUGGUCAUCUACUCCGUGAAUGAGAGUUCUUCAGAUGAUGAUAUAGUUGCAAGUACAACAGAACAAGCAACACAGUAUGAACAACUUUCACGCGAGUGAACUGCUGGUGCCAAUCUGUACUGAGGAAUUAAUAACAUUAGGAAUAAGAAGAAGGAGAUCACACCUGCCAGGGAAUCAAUGUACAAAAGUAACAACCAGGCAGCGAUAAAAACAUGCCAAAAAGUCAGGAGAGGUUUGAUGUUCAAUCUGCGCAAGUGUUGUAGCA